AGGGCUGCUCCCGACCCGCGUUGUAAGCAACAAAGAGCAAUAAAGACGCCGGGUUUUGUACAAGGCGCUCCCUCGCCUCCGCCUCUGCUUUCCGGGCUGGGCGGGGACGAACGGCCGCGGGGCAGCCGUUACCGGCGGCGAUGGAGCCGCACCGGGCGCUGCUGCUGCUGCUCCUGGGGCCGCUGCGCUCCCAGGUCCUGUCCCCGGUCACGGUGCCGCUGCGGCUGCCCCCCAACGCGACCGAGGCCAAGGAUGCAGUGUCCUACGUCCUCAGCAUCGAGGGGAGGCCGUACACCAUCCGCCUGCACCCGCAUGACUUUUUAUCUGAGGAUUUCAAGAUCUUCGUGUCGAAUGAGGUGGGAGCUGCGCUCGCUGAUUCGAUCCGGUUCAAGGGAAGCUGCUACUACCGGGGCUACAUCGACGGCUUCCCCAGCUCAGCAGUGACCCUCAGCACGUGCUCAGGGCUCAGGGGCUUGCUGCAGUUCGACAACGUCAGCUACGGCAUCGAGCCCCUGGGCUAUUCCCCUGCGUUCGAGCACCUUGUGUACCGCGUGAGGGACGGGCAGGCCGCGGGUUCCCUCGUCGCCAGCAGCCGCCCCGAGGCAGGGCCCGAUGGGCUGACGGCGAUGGAGGCGUCGAGGCGAGCACAGGGACGUGAGGAACCACUAUCAGCUGCAGCCCAAUCUCCCAAAUACCUGCAGGCGUACGUCGUUUUGGACAAGGCUUUGUAUGACCACAUGGGUUCGGACAUGAAGGCAGCGACGCAGAUGGUAAUCCAGGUCUUCAAUCUGGUCAACAGUGUGUUUCAUGCUCUCAAUGUCACCAUCGUGCUGGCCUCCCUGGAGCUGUGGACACAGGACAAUAAAGUCUCGACAGCAGGGGAAGCAGAGGACCUUCUGCAGCGCUUUAUGCAGUGGGCAAAGACCCACCUCGCCCUGCAGCCGUACGACACCGCUUACCUCUUGGUGUACAGGGACCAAGCAGCGUUCAUGGGCACCACAGCUCCGGGGAAGGCGUGUCAGAGAGAUGCUGCUGGCAUCGUGGCCGUGUACCAGGAGGCCACAACGCUGGAGUCCUUCUCUGUCCUCCUGGCUCAGCUGCUGGGGCGCAGCCUGGGCAUCGGUUAUGAUGAGUCCCCGCAGUGCCACUGCCCCGGGCACGUCUGCAUCAUGAGCCCCAAGGCGCUACACUUCAGUGGGGUAAAAGCCUUCAGCACCUGCAGCAUCAGGGACUUCGAGGCCUUCCUGAGGCACGGGGGAGGCACGUGCCUGUUCAGCAGACCCCUCCUGACCGGUCCAGCCUCCCAGAGAGCUGCCACCUGCGGCAAUGGCAUCGUGGAGCCCAGCGAGCAGUGCGACUGCGGGGCGGCCCAGGACUGCUUGAAGGACAAAUGCUGUACUGCAGGGUGUCAGUUCAAGCCGGGAGUGAAGUGUUCCUCUGGAUCGUGUUGUAACGGCUGUCAGUUCAAGCGCAAGCACUGGCAGUGCCGCCCCGCCGCCGAUGAGCAGUGUGACCUGGCCGAGUUCUGCACCGGGGCCUCGGCCUCCUGCCCCCCCGACCUGUACGUGCAGGACGGGCACGGCUGCGAGCAGGGCACCGGUUACUGCUACAAGGGCCGCUGCCAGUCCCCGGACCUGCAGUGCCAGCACAUCUAUGGGAAAGGUUCAAGGAAUGCUCCCGUGGCUUGUUACGAGGAACUCAACAGCCAGCAGGACAGGUUUGGCCACUGCGGCUUGCAGCCCAGCCAAGGCUUUAAGUCCUGCUCUUGGAGGGAUCUGAGGUGUGGGAAGCUCAUCUGCACGUACCCGCACGGGAAACCCUUCCCGACGGACGUGGCUGCCGUCGCCUACGUCCACGUGCGCGGGCAAUUGUGUGUGUCUCUGAAUUACCUGCAUGCAGGAGCGAGGCUGGAUCCCACCCUGGUUCCGCCAGGAACAAAGUGUGGCUCUGGGAAGGUGUGCAUAAACAACACUUGCCAGCCACAUUCGGUCCUGGGCUACGACUGCGAUAGCAAAGUGAAGUGCCAUGGCCACGGAGUGUGCAAUAACAAGGGGCAGUGCCACUGCCACCCCGGCUGGAAGCCCCCGGAUUGCCUGCAGCGGGGAUCCCGCUUGGGGGGCAGCACCCACAGCGGCCUCCCGCCGCCCGAUGGGGGUCUGUCCCUGGCGCGGGUGAUGGAGGAUGUGACAACGGCAUGGCCGGUGCUGGGCUCCUGCCUCCUCCUGCUCCUCCUGGCCGGGGCCAUCUGCCUCGUGAUCCGGUGGUGGGCGCUGGGCUUGUGCGGACCACGGCCCCCGAGCACCCAUAGCAGCGCCGUCACGGCGGGGAGCAGCGAGGUCUCGGAGUGGAGCUCGGUGAUGGGGCCGGACACGGACACGGACACGGAGCCGAGCGCGGGCUCCAACCGCGGGCGUUAAUAAAGGCGUUGGGCGGA